GUCGCGUGGUACGAAAACGGCGGCGGCUCCAAGGGCGGAUGGGGUGACCAGAUGAAGAUCAGCGAGGACCAGCAGACCGCCACGUCCGUGUACGCCGCCGACAUCGACGGCGACGGCGAGCCGGACGUUAUCGCGGCCGGACCCGCGGACAGCACGGUCGCGUGGUACCAGUACGACAAAGAGUCGCAGACAUGGGCCAAGCACGCGCUUGGGACCGUCGAGGGCGUCUACUACGUCACCGCGGCCGACGUCACCGGCGACGGGAAGGUCGACAUCAUAGCUUGCUCCCCGAUCGAGGGCAAGGUGCUCCUGUGGAAGAGCAAGAGCGAGGGCGGGGGCGACGACCGCUUCGAGGACCCGCAGGUCCUCACCGCCUCUAUGCCCGGCGCCAUCCACGCCCAUGCCGACGACAUCGAUGGCGAUGGGGACAACGACGUGCUCGUGGCGGCGAUGUACUCCGACAGGGUCUCCCUGUUUGAGAACCUCGGCGACGGGGAGUUCAGCGACGAGCAGAUCAUCAGCGAGCAGGCCAAAGGU